AGCACACGCCGCUCAAAAACCCUCGUCUCCACCGCGCCGCUUCCGGCGGCGGCCAUGGACACACUGCUGUCGCCCGUUCCUUUCAAAUCCAAGAUGGCGGCCGGCUUCCGGCGCCUAGGCAUCGACCCGGACGAUGCAAACGGACUCUUCCGGCGGGCGACGGCGGCGGCCAUUGCCACCCUAAGGCCGCUUGCGCCAAUAUUCGCGGCGGCGAACCACUUCCUGAACGGCUGCGAAAAUUUCUUCACCCGCUUCUUCUUCCCCAGCCCGCCCGUCGACCACGCCAGCCGCCUCCCCGACGCGCUCCUCGGCAACAUCGUCUCCCGCCUCCCCGUCAAGGACGCCGCGCGCACGGCCGCGCUCUCCCGCCGCUGGCGCCCAGUCUGGCGCUCCACCCCGCUCGUCCUCGCCGACGCCGACCUCCUCCCGGCCACCUCCGCCGUGUCCAGCGUCCUCGCCGCGCACCCGGGGCCCUUCCGCUGCGUCCACCUCACCAGCACCCGCAUGGCGGAGUUCCACGGCCUGCUCACGAGCUGGCUCCAGAUCCUCGCCGCCAAGGGCGUCCAGGAGCUCCUGCUCGUCAACGGCCGGUGGCCGCACGUCCUCGUCUUGCCCUCCACCUUCCUACGCAUGGCCACCCUCACCCGCCUCUACCUCGGCCUCUGGAAGUUCCCCGACACGGCCGCCGUCCCGCGCGCCUCCUUCUUCCCCAACCUCCUCGAGCUCGGGCUCUGCAGCGUCGCCAUGGAGAACAAGGAUUUGGACUUCAUCCUCGACAGGAGCCCCGUGCUGGAGACGCUCUGCGUCCAAGGGGACAUGUUCCUUCUCCGUCUCUGCCUUGUCAGCCAGAGCCUCCGGUGCGUGCAGAUCAUCGGGCCAUUUGAGGAAAUAUUCGUGGUGUAUGCCCCGCACCUUGAGCGGCUCAUCCGUUCCCAAGGUAACAAAGCUUCAUAUCAAAAGAAAAAUGGUACCCCUGAUGUGAGCCGCACCAAGGUCAGGAUUGGCCAUUCCCCCAAGCUGCACUUGUUGGGAUACUUGGAGUUGGCCCCAGGAAAGCACAUGAUAGAGGUCGGCAGCACCAUCAUCAAGGCUGGGACAAGGGUGAGCCCGAGAACCAUGGUACCAAGUCUGAGAAUCCUGGCUAUGGAGGUGCGAUUUGAUAUCCGCAAUGAUGCCAAGAUGAUUCCCAGCGUCCUCAGAUGCUUUCCGAAUGUCGAGACACUCCACAUCAAGUCUGGAAAAACGCAUCAAUCCACUGGCAAGCUCAACCUGAAAUUCUGGCACGAGUCUGGUGGUACCAUAGAAUGCAUCACGCGUCUUGUUUUCCGUGAUUUCCGAGGGGGUCGGAGUGAGCUUGCCUUCCUCAAAUAUUUCUUUGAGAGCGCAUUGGUGCUGCAGGAGGUGGUGAUUCUGUUGGCCGAUGGUUUGACUUCGAUGGAAGAGGCGCGCUCCAAAGUGGAGAGCCUAGUGUCCACGAGACGGGCCAGUGGCGCCUUCUCAUUGCUGUUCAAUGGCUCUUCUGAUCCCCAAGAAGAUUACAUUCAGAGCUUCAAAAGAGGAUCUGAUUUUUCUCUUCGCGACCCUUUUGCCAACUACUGAAGUCACACCAGGUUGGCAAUUAUUGAGUACUGUAUGUCUGUUUCAUGUCAUUUCAUUAGCUGCCUUGUAUCUGAUUACAAUGGUGUUACAUUGUAUGAUAAACAUACGAGGCUUCAUGCUGCUGAACAGUUAAUGAUGUCUGAGCUAAUUGUUUUUUCCAUGGAAAAUCAUUUCCAGCUGGCAGAAGAUUUGGUUUUGUUUGCAGAUCGGUUCUUCGGCCCAUGAUUCAUGCUUUUCAUGUUUGAGGAUACAUUUCAGACCAGUUUUCAUGUUUUAUUGAGGACACCGGAUACAUCCACACUUCGAGUUCUGUCUUGCGGCAUAAUCUGCCAAAAAGUAUUUUAUUAUUAAAGAUCUAUUUUCAUGUGCCUCAUGAUCCCCGACAAGUCAGCCGACUUCGGGUGUUAUGCAUCUGCCGGUAGAGUACUGAGCUCUUCCCCUGAAGGUUGCAUCAGUUCCUUACAUGAUGAAAACAGGACAAGGCAAGGCAGGCAGGCAGCUCUAUUUGGAGAAAUAGACUUGCAGACAAGAUUUUCCUGGGAUCUCUACCUGGAGGUCAAUGUUGCAAU